AUGCAGGCCGAGAUCAAGACUUUCCAGGACGAGGUCAAGGCCGUCGAGGAGUUCUUCAAGCUCCCUCGCUUUGGCCGCACUAAGCGCCCCUACACUGCUGCCGAUGUCGUGUCCAAGCGCGGCACUAUCCAGCAGAAGUACGCUUCCGACUUUACCGCCCAGAAGCUCUACAAGCUCCUCGAGACCAAGGCUCGCGGUGAGGGCGGUGGCUGCUCGUUCACCUACGGCGCUCUGGACCCCGUCCAGAUCACCCAGAUGGCCAAGCACCUCGAGACUGUUUACGUCUCGGGCUGGCAGUGCUCUUCGACUGCUUCGUCGUCGCUUGAGCCUGGCCCGGACCUUGCCGACUACCCCUCCAACACUGUCCCCAACAAGGUCGCUCAGCUCUUCACUGCUCAGCUCUACCACGACCGCAAGCAGCGCUACACCCGUAGCACUGCCAUUGCCAAGGGUGAGGACCCCGGAGCUUACAUCGACUACCUCCGCCCCAUCGUCGCCGACGCCGACACUGGUCACGGUGGUCUCACCGCUGUCAUGAAGCUCACCAAGAUGAUGGUCGAGUCCGGUGCCGCCGGUAUCCACAUUGAGGACCAGGCCCCUGGUACCAAGAAGUGUGGCCACAUGGCCGGCAAGGUCCUUGUUCCCAUCUCCGAGCACAUCAACCGUCUCAUUGCCAUGCGUCUCCAGUGCGACAUUAUGGGCACCCAGAACCUUGUCGUCGCCCGUACCGACUCGGAGGCUGCCACCCUCAUCACCACCAACAUCGACCCCCGCGACCACGCCUCUAUCCUCGGCUCGACCAACCCCAACCUCCGCCCCCUUGCCGAGCUCAUGAACGAGGCUGAGGCCGCCGGCAAGAACGGUGCUGCUCUCCAGAAGAUCGAGGACGACUGGACCGUCUCGGCCAAGCUCCAGCUCUACAACGACACUCUCGCCGCCGCGCUCAAGGCUCAGGGUGUCAACCCCGCCCAGUUCCUCCAGCAGGCCGAGGGUGCCUCCAACUCUGAGUCGACCCGCCUCGCCAAGGCUGCCGGCCUCAAGACCCUUCCCUUCUGGGACUGGUCUGCGCCCCGCACUCGUGAGGGCUACUUCCGUCUUCAGGGUGGCACCAAGUGCGCCAUCCGUCGUGCGAUUGCGUUUGCUCCCCACGCCGACCUCAUCUGGAUGGAGACCAAGAGCCCCAUCUACGCUCAGGCCAAGGAGUUCGCGGACGGCGUUCACGCCCAGGUCCCCGGCCAGUGGCUCGCGUACAACCUCUCGCCCUCGUUCAACUGGGACGCCGCUGGCCUCGGCGCCAAGGAGAUGCAGUCGUUCGUCUGGGACCUCGGCAAGCUCGGAUUUGUCUUCCAGUUCAUCACCCUCGCGGGUCUCCACUCGAACGCCUACAUCUCCGACCUGUUCGCGCAGAACUUUGCCAAGGAGGGCAUGAAGGCCUACGUUGAGCUCAUCCAGCGCCGGGAGCGCGACAUUGGCUGCGACGUCCUCACUCACCAGAAGUGGUCGGGUGCCGACUACGCCGACUCGCUCCUCACGACCGUCACGGGCGGAAUCUCGUCGACCCGUUCUAUGGGAACUUAUAACUCCGAGAACCAGUUCGCGUCCAAGCCCAAGUUGUAA